GGUGGUCGGUGCGGGAGGAGGGAGGGGAGCUCGCGGGCCAGAGAGGGCGCGACGGCGGCGGCGGUGGCCUGAGGAGGCCCGGGCGGCGGCGGCGGCGGCGGAGGCCGAGGCGGAGCCUGGAGAGGCGUGGCUGGACCAAGACCUCCCCCCAUGUGAGCAGGCUCCCUCCUCCCCUAACCACCCAUUGCCACCACGCCAGGGAACGUCCUCAAGCCCUGGCCCUCAGGGGAGAGCUAACAGGAGCCCAGAGCCGAGACCAUGUGACGGCGCUGGCCCUUGCCACCGCCGUCCCCCCCACCCUGGCCCCAGGCCUGGCACCAUGAUGUUCCGAGACCAGGUGGGCAUCCUCGCUGGCUGGUUCAAGGGCUGGAAUGAGUGUGAGCAGACAGUGGCCCUGUUGUCGCUUCUGAAGCGGGUCACCCGUACCCAAGCCCGCUUCCUGCAGCUCUGCCUGGAGCACUCGCUGGCGGACUGCAAUGACAUCCACCUGCUGGAGUCGGAGGCCAACAGUGCUGCCAUCGUCAGCCAGUGGCAGCAGGAAUCCAAAGAGAAGGUGGUGUCCCUCCUGCUGUCCCACCUCCCUCUGCUUCAGCCAGGCAACACGGAGGCCAAGUCGGAGUACAUGAGGCUACUGCAGAAAGUGCUGGCUUACUCGAUUGAGAGCAAUGCCUUCAUCGAGGAGAGCCGCCAGCUGCUCUCCUAUGCCCUCAUCCACCCAGCCACCACACUGGAGGACCGCAAUGCGCUGGCCCUCUGGCUGAGCCACCUGGAAGAGCGGCUGGCUAGUGGCUUCCGUACCCGGCCAGAACCCUCCUACCACUCACGCCAGGGCUCAGAUGAGUGGGGGGGGACUGCAGAGCUGGGCCCUGGAGAGGCAGGGCCAGGCUGGCAGGACAAGCCACCCCGGGAAAAUGGACAUGUGCCCUUCCAACCAUCCACCUCGGUGCCGCCAGCCAUCAACAGUAUUGGGAGCAAUGCAAAUACAGGUCUCCCCUGCCAAAUCCACCCUAGCCCACUGAAGCGCUCCAUGUCACUCAUCCCUACGAGCCCUCAGGCCCCUGGUGAGUGGCCAAGUCCAGAGGAGCUCGGUGCUCGGGCUGCUUUCACCACGCCCGACCACGCACCCCUCUCGCCCCAGAGCAGCGUGGCCUCCUCUGGCAGUGAGCAGACGGAGGAGCAGGGCUCCAGCCGGAACACUUUCCAGGAGGACGGCAGUGGUAUGAAAGAUGUGCCCUCGUGGCUCAAGAGCCUCCGUUUGCACAAAUAUGCAGCCCUCUUCUCACAGAUGAGCUACGAGGAGAUGAUGACACUGACUGAGCAGCACCUGGAGUCACAGAAUGUCACCAAAGGUGCCCGCCACAAGAUAGCCCUGAGUAUCCAGAAGCUGCGUGAGAGGCAGAGUGUCCUCAAGUCCCUAGAGAAGGAUGUGCUAGAAGGUGGGAAUCUGCGGAAUGCUCUACAGGAGCUGCAGCAGAUCAUCAUCACCCCCAUCAAGGCCUACAGUGUCCUUCAGGCUACUGUGGCUGCUACCACUACCACCCCUACUGCCAAGGAUGGGGGCCGGGGGGAGCCGCUGCUGCCAGGUGCUGAGCCUCCCCUAGCCCACCCUGGCACGGACAAGGGCACUGAGGCCAAGGACCCUCCGGCUGCAGAGAAGUAUCCCCCUCCACCAGCUCCAGCUCCCACUGAUGGCAGCGAGCCAGCGCCGGCUCCCGUUGCUGACGGAGACAUCCCCAGCCAGUUUACACGGGUGAUGGGCAAAGUGUGCACCCAGCUGCUGGUGUCCCGACCAGACGAGGAGAACAUCACCAGUUACCUCCAGCUCAUCGAAAAGUGCCUGACUCAUGAGGCUUUCACAGAGACACAGAAGAAGCGACUGUUGUCCUGGAAACAGCAAGUGCUGAAGCUCCUCCGGACAUUCCCGCGCAAAGCCGCGCUGGACAUGCAGAACUACCGGCAGCAGAAGGGCUGGGCAUUCGGCUCCAACUCACUCCCCAUAGCUGGCUCUGUGGGGAUGGGGGUGGCCCGACGGACCCAGCGGCAGUUCCCAAUGCCUCCCCGGGCCCUCCCACCUGGCAGGAUGGGUCUCCUGAGCCCCUCGGGCAUUGGGGGUGUCUCCCCUCGACAUGCCCUCACCAGCCCCAGCCUCGGGGGCCAGGGCCGACAGAACCUGUGGUUUGCCAAUCCUGGAGGCAGCAACAGCAUGCCCAGUCAGAGCCGCAGCUCCGUGCAGCGAACCCACUCGCUCCCAGUCCACUCGUCACCCCAGGCCAUUCUCAUGUUCCCUCCAGACUGCCCGGUCCCUGGGCCUGACCUGGAGAUCAAUCCCACCCUGGAGUCUCUGUGUCUGAGCAUGACAGAACACGCCUUGGGUGAUGGGACAGACAAAACCUCCACCAUCUGACGGGACCCACAGCCCAGCGCACCCAUAGGCUCCCCGGGCGGCGGGCGGGGGCCAACCCCCAACGGGCUUCUCUGCGGCAGCAAGAGGGUGGGCUGGCUCAGCUAUACAUUCUAAUAUUUUUCUACUCUCUCACCCUUUUAACUUUUGUUUAACAUUGGCACAUGCCUUGCUCACUCCCAGGCCCGUUGAGGGAUCUCUGCUGAGGCCAGGGGUCAGAGGGGGCUGCCAGGAUCAAAGGGGCAGGGACUGGUCAGAGUGCCUGCCCCAUCUUCCCUCCCACAUCCCCCACCUGGGCCUGCCCCAACCCUGCCUCUUCCAGACUGCUGAUCACCUGUCCCUCCCCAAGGGAGCAGACUCCCAGACAAACUGACCGCUACCUUGUGGAGCCUGCUCAGAAACCUUUGAUAUUGAGGGACCAAUGAGCAGGGUUGACAACCCCUCCCCUUGAUGUUACUGGAGAGGAGCUGGGGAGAAAAGGAGUGAGGAGAGGAAGUGCUCUUCCUCCCCUCUCCACUGUCUGCCCUUCCCCAUUCCCAUCAUUCCCGAAGGACAGGAACCACAUUCCUCUCACCUCCUCUUGCCCUGUUUAUCAGAGGUUCUCUACAAUUAAUUUCUUAGGCCUAUUUAAGAUACAUAUUUAUAUAGUUCUUAACGGUUUUUCUCUCUGAUCAUUCCCUGUCAUUUUUAGAAUCCCCAGGCCUCUCUUUGAGCCAAGAUAGUGGUGGGGGAGCCUGAACUUUGAGUGGAGAGGGCAGAGCCCACUCCUCCAGCCCCCCUCACCCUUCCCUUUUUCCCCCAGCCCUGGCUUCUCUGAUGCAGAGGUUGACGGUGGGCAGCCAGGGCAGCGGUGAGGUCAGGAAGUCUGUUGCCUUAACGUCCCCUUUCCCCAACAGUACACACCCUUCUUUACUCCCAGGUCUGGUUGGUAAAGACUUGGGGGUUAGGAACACGGGAAAGGGGAUUGUUUGGUUUUUGUUAUUUUCCCCGCCGGACCCCACUUUUCUUUCAGCCUUUCCCAUUCCCCAUUAUGUCAUGACCUCAUGUAAGUGGAACACUAUAUCAUAAUCCAGAGGUGCAUCCCAGCCCCGGAGUCACAUAGACCCUCUGGUCCCUGUUCCUGAUGAGGGCUUGUGCUGGGGCUCAGGUGGAGGGAGGGGAUUUGGGGGUUCAUACUGUGGGGAAGCCAGGGUCCCCCUAUUCCAACCUCCUCUUCCCCCUAAACUUACCCCUCUCACUGGGACGUUCUCAAGCUUUUCACACCGAAAAGGAAAAAAAAUGUUAUUUUUAGAUACAUUUUAUGAAUAACUUUUGUUAUGAAUAUGGCUGGUAACCAUUGUGUAUGUUAUUAAAGAUACAAAAUGUUGGGAAAAAAACAAAAAACCAAAAAAAGAAAAAAAAGUUGAAAACCACCACCCUCCCUGUGCACUAUCAGCCCAUUCCCCAGACCUUCUUGCCUCUACCCUCCUGGUCUGUGCACCUCCCUCCGCUCUGAGCCCAGGGAGGGGGAAGAAGCCAGGGGGUAGAGUGGCCCUGGGGACCUGCUUCCAGGUUCCCACCUCCUCUCCCAGUGCCGGGCUGGGUGGGGUGUCAGGUUUAUUUAUGUACCUCUUGCACACUCAUCAACCUAUGCAAGUCCCCACCCCGGCCCCUCCAUGUUUCUGUGCCUUUGCUCAUUCCCCUCAAGCUCCCAGGGCUUCUCCAGCCCCCUUCCCACUAGCCACAGGAAGUGGGAUGGAUGGGCCACCUCGUUUUGGAAUCAGUAGGGUGUCCCUCUCAUGGGACCCUCACCUCUUCCUGGCUGGUUCUGUCUUGUUCACUCCCCGUCAGGGUGAGCUGACCCUGCCUGGCACUGGGAGGUGGUGAGGGACACCCUCCCACACACAAAGGGAGGCGAGAGCUGCCCCCUCCCCACCUGACAGCAGAGUGUGUAGGACGCAGGCGGCCCCACUCUGAUGGGCAGGACCCUGACCUUCUGCUCCCCUCCACCCCCUGGCCCCCAGGCCUCCUUCCAUGAUUUCACCCUUCCUACCUACUUCUGUCCCCAGCCCCACUGGCAGAAUCAGCUUUGAGUAACUGUAUAGUUUUUCUCACUGUUGGAGAAGACUUAUUUGUUGGAGUUCACUUGUUUAAUGGUCUGGGCUUAUUUUC